CGAAGGCAGAGCGCACUAGAUUCCUUGCUUGUGAUCGCAAAAGACGCAAAGCACCGUGCAGAAAAGAUGGCACCGACAAAAGCGAGAGAGAGAGAGAGAGAGAGAGAGGAACAGACAGAACAAACACGACCGCGAUCACCAAACGGCUAACUCCAGACUGCAACCGAGCUGAGCAAUCCAUUUUGCGCAUGGAAUCAUCUCCCUGCACGUUGCACGCGACGGUCACUGGAGCGUGUGCCGCUCCGCUCGCCCUGCGCCGUCGCGGCGCCCGUGCACGCACGGCGCCGCCGCUGCAGGGGAGGGCUCGCGCCGUGCGCGCCCAGGGGCCAAGGUUGGAACCGGAACCCCAGGCGGUGCCGGAGAAGGGAGGACCGUCGACGCUUCCCAAGACCGCGCUGAGGGUGGGCGCCGGCGUGGCGCUGGCCCUUGCGCUGGGUGGCGUCUCGUGGACAGCGCGCGGCGGGAGCGCCGGCCCCGUCCUGCACAUGCAGCCGGCCGCGGUGUGCGCCCUGAACGCCGUCACCGACGGCGUGUCCCGAGUCACCGUGGAGCGCGGCGGCGCCGCGGCCAUUAAGACGAGCGUUGAUGCGCUCUCAGACUCGCUGUUCCGGCGCGAGGAUUCGGUCAGGGACCGCGCCACGCUAAUGGACCUCGUCUUUGAGCAAGUCACCAAGGAGCAUAUCACAGACAGGGGGAAGCUGACGAGUCUGCUGCAGAAGGAGUUCUUGGCAUCGCGCGACUCCGAAAGGAAGCUUGACCUGGGCUUGCUGCUCACUGACGUACUGAUCAAUCAGAGAGAAUGGCAGAGGGCAAAAGAAGUUUGCCAGCAGCUAACAAGUCGCCACCAGCGUGAUUCAAGGCCUUACCUUCAUUUGGCUGUCAUCAACAUGAUGAUGGCAGUGGAAACUAUGCUGUCUCCAGACACGGCCACCACUGAUGACAUUGAGAAGAUGACCAAGAAUGCCAUAGAAUACUGGAAGGAAUUCAAGAACAAGAACGAGUUAGCCAAGGCGUCAACAGAUUCCAACACCUGAUAUGAUACCGUGUUUGCUGUUUGCCUGAACCCGAGUGUUUCUGUUGAUUGCUGACAAAUCUUGUGAUGAAUCUCCGUCUCUUGUGAAGUUGUUUCAAUUUCAAUGCUUGCGACUAAAUGUUCUAAUGAAGACAAUUCUAUUUACAUUGUACAAUUAUUUACCAAAAAAUUCUAGUCUGUCAGAAUUACCUGCAGUGGAUGUACAUCCAUGCAAUCUUCAGAACAAAAAGGACAAAAAAAAAAAAGGAACUGGCCAGCAUUUGCAAAAGACCUUAUUCAAUAUGCUCCCCCCACAUCUUCAGAAGGUACUUCUCGCAGCUGCUCCCAGUGAUGUCUCUUGAGGACGCCAUCCUAGUGAUACCC